CCAAAUAAUUUUUAUGAUGAGGCGUUUAUCAAGACGGUGUAAACUACCCCCAGCUGAAAAUUCUCUGAAUUCACAAAAUAAUAAAAAGGCUGUUUCCAAUAAGUUUUCUGUUGAAAGAGGGAGAAAAGAAUUUAUUUUGAAGACUUCACUCGUAUAUGUCAUGCAGAUUUUUAUUGUAUGGGAAGUAUAUGCCAUUGUGAUACUUGUUGAAAAACUUAGGGAUUGGUUGAAGGCGUCUUCUUGGUUUUCCUGGCUUUGUGGAUUCUUAGGGACGCUUCUCCAGCUGCAGAUGCUCCUUAUACCUCAACUGCAGUUUGUGUUUCCACUCAAUUAUAUCAUCUUGAUUAUUGCUACAAUAUUGAUGGGCCACUCAUCACAGGAUGCAGAAAAUACACUUUGCUUUCUUAUCAUUCAUAUUGUGGAUGGAUGUAUUUGUCACUCACUGAGUGAAAGUACUCACAUUGGAAGUUGA